CCAUCUAUGCCUCCCUCCCUCUCUUCAUCCCUCCCUCUCCCUCCACUACGAGACCUUGUGCGCUCUCCUCCCUCCCUUGUCUCCCGCUGUUGCGUCUACGCGCCCUGGUGACUGGAGCAAAGGAGAGGGCACGCUGCGAGGAUCUGAGUCACAAUCCGGAAAAACGCCAAAAGAAGAAGAGAAACUCUGACUAGUCCUCUCUCUCUCUCUCUCUCUCUCUCUCUCUCUCUCUCUCCCCCCCUCUCGCUCUCAGUCUGUGUCCGUCAGAUGAGUGUGAGAGCUCCUCUGCUUGUGCUCCGGGGGACCUGUCACUGAAGUCAGGAGGCGCAGCAGAAAACACACAGGAGGAGAGGACGAGGACGAGGACGAGAUCACGAUGAGAAAGUGAGCACGCUUUCUGGACGGUGGCAGAAGAAGCUGAGACGUCCCCGUGACUCCCCCGUCCCAUCGGCCCGCAGACACUCAGACGCAGGCGGGCGAGGAGCGUCUCUUAUUUCCGCUGCGGGUCUGUCAGCAUCGACGCCGACCGAGAGAGAGAGAGAUUGAGUUUCAGAACGACUGUGAUUGUGCGAACGGACCUGAAGCCCAAAUUAAAGCGCGCCGCCGUCUGCUUCUUGCAUCUUCUCGGCCCGCUCCGUCGAUCGCCUCCUCAGUGCGGGAUACAGGCCCGAAUCUGAUUGGAUGGUUUUGUCAGAAUGACAGCCGAAGAUCCAGCUUCCUCCUCGACCAUGAGCAAUAACGCUGCCCCCACUAAACCCCCCCAACCUGCUGGUGCCUCCCACCCGUCUCUUCAUGGACAGAUCAACACCCCUGAGGGAGUUGCGGGUUCUCCAAUUGAGCCUGCACUGGUAUCCCUGAUGGAGCGCACUGGCUACAGUAUGGUCCAGGAAAAUGGUCAGCGUAAAUAUGGCCCCCCUCCUGGUUGGAACGCUACAUCUCCACCAAGGGGAUGUGAAAUCUUUGUGGGCAAGAUCCCGCGGGACGUUUAUGAGGAUGAGCUGGUGCCAGUGUUUGAGUCUGUGGGACGCAUCUAUGAGAUGCGUCUGAUGAUGGACUUCGAUGGGAAGAACAGAGGCUACGCGUUCGUGAUGUACACAGAGAAACACGAGGCUAAGCGGGCGGUGCGCGAGCUCAACAACUAUGAGGUGAGGCCGGGCCGACUGCUGGGGGUGUGCUCUUCCGUGGACAACUGCCGUCUUUUCAUUGGUGGCAUCCCCAAGACCAAAAAGCGGGAGGAGAUCCUGGACGAGGUCUCCAAGGUGACGGAAGGGGUACUAGAUGUGAUUGUUUAUGCCAGUGCUGCAGACAAGAUGAAAAACAGAGGCUUUGCCUUCGUAGAGUAUGAAUCGCACCGCGCAGCCGCUAUGGCUCGCAGGAAGCUGAUGCCUGGACGUAUUCAGCUUUGGGGUCACCAGAUAGCCGUGGACUGGGCCGAGCCGGAGAUUGAUGUGGACGAAGACGUUAUGGAGACAGUGAAGAUCCUUUACGUCAGGAAUCUUAUGAUGGAGACCAGCGAGGAGACAAUCAGACAGGUCUUCAGCCAGUGGAAUCAUGGGUGUGUUGAACGUGUGAAAAAAAUCCGUGACUAUGCCUUCGUCCACUUUACCUCACGGGAGGACGCUGUCAUGGCAAUGGACCACCUCAACGGCACAGAGGUGGAAGGGUCCUGCAUCGAGGUGACGCUCGCCAAGCCAGUUGAUAAGGAGCAGCACUCGCGUCAAAAGGCCUCCAAGGGCACUCCUGCCACUCCGGAGCCUGCUCCACAGAACUACGUUUACCAGUGUGAUCCCUACACAUUGGCCUACUACGGGUACCCCUACAACACCCUCAUUGGACCCAACAGGGACUACUUCGUCAAAGGAUCCCCAAUGAUACAGAACAAUGCAGGUACUGUGCGAGGUCGGGGUCGUGCUGCUGCAGGUAACCGUACCCCUGGACCACGGGGGUCCUACUUGGGGGGUUACUCUGCCGGUCGUGGCAUCUACAGUCGCUACCAUGAGGGCAAAGCCAAGCAGCCCGAAAAGCCCUAUGAGCUGAUGCCCACUCUGGAGCUUGCUGCCUCCGUCAACCCUGUUGGCAUCAAACAUGGCGCAAUGGCGUUGCAGACGCUGGGUGGACAGUACCCGGUGUUCAGUGCGGCUCCUACAGCCAAGUUGAUGGAGGAGGGGAAGGUGCACACGGUGGAGCACCUCAUCAACCCCCUGGCUAUGCAACACGCUGACCACACCGCCGCUACUGCUGCUGCCACCGUCAUGCCGUCGGUCUCUACCCCUCCACCCUUUCAGUCCUCCUUUUUCUGCUUUCCCCAGGGCCGUCCCAUCACUCCGGUCUACGCCAUGGCCCACAACGUGCAGCGUAUCCCAACGGCCGCCGGCCUGUACGCAGGCGGAUACGUCCCCAUAACAAACUACGCCGCCAACUCAGCGGCUCUGGCCGCCCUGCAGAAGAACGCGGCGGUGGCAGCCGCGGCGUACGGCGGCUACGCGGGCUACGCCAUGCCGCAGGCCUUCCCCGCCGCCGCCUUCCAGCUGCCCAUCCACGACGUGUACCAGACGUAUUGAUCGGUGGGGUCGAAGCGUCGCGAUGCAAUGACGAGCAAAGUUACUCCGACUGAAGCGCCACCGCCGUGUCUGUGCGGAAGCGUCACUUGAUCGUUCUUUCGUUGAGAUAUCUAGAAAACAAAUGAAAACAAUGACCCACUCCAGUAGACCCUUGACCCGAGGCCACAAUACGACAGGCUCCCUUUAGCUGCGUCGCGGUUUCGUAGCUCACAUCGUCAGUAAAGCGCACCUGCACGUGGUGACCAUCGUCCCCCGACAACAGUGACACCCACCUGGGGGCGUUGCUCCGCCUCUCCCUGUGCCUCCCAGCCCUGACAGAGUGUUGCCAUAGCAACGGAAACACUGAAGGUACUUUCAAAUAUUUAUGAUGAGAGGAUCCAUAUUUAAAGUUUUGCUCUCUGUAGGUUUCUCUGAUUACCGGAGAAACGUUUGCUCUGUGAAAGCAGGAAAGUUUGACAUUGACACCAUUUAAAUUUGAACAAAGGUGGGGAUGAAGAGAAACGUUAUAUAACAUUAUAACUACUGGCAGCGAUGCUGAAGACAGCUGCGUUUUAACAUACUAAUGUUUUAAUUAAUACAGAGUAUUUUAGCCAAUUCUACAUAGGUGAUGCUGCCCGUCCAUGCUGGUCGAUCGUGUAAGCCUGUUUCGGUACUUUAUGUUUGGUUUAUGUCGUUUUAUUGGUGUUUCUUCGUUGGUUUUAAAUGAAGGUUUUCGAGUGUCGUGUUCAUUCGCUCAAGAUUAGUCAACUCGGGGGAAAAAGUCUUGUGGAAUAUUUUUGCGGUAGAUUCCUCUACGGAACAAAUGCGAGAAACUGGAAGACUUUUUGUCAAGAGGAUUUGGUCCAUAAGCCUGGUCGACAUUUAGCCCAUAGUGGAUUGAACACCUUUUGACUUUUUAUCAUUUACAAAUGCCUUUAUUAUUGUGUUGUUAGUUACUCUUGGAAGGUGAACAAAUAUGGACAGGAAAGACUCUUUUUUUAGGUGGACCAUGACACUACGCCAAUUCAAGCGAAAGAGAAAGUCGGCUCCAAACACUCCGGUCGCCCGAUAUGAGAAGGAUCCUCUGUGCCUAAACACGCUGUACGUGCUACCUCGUGCUUUCACCGUGCCUUUUAUACGACGGCACAAAGAGAGAAGAUCUCCUUUCCUAUUUCCAACCACUUGUGCCCUUGCUGUUUUUUGGUUCUUCAGUCUGCGCGGUCGAACUCUUCUCCGUAUAUCUGCCCUCCACAUUGUUUCCCGUCCGCCAAACUGUGCUUGACUGAGGUGUUUUUAGACGUAUUUAUAAAAGGCAGCAGAUUGUAACAACAAGAUGAAGACAUGUUUGAUACCAAGCAACACGUUUUCAUGUAAAUCGGGCCAGUUUGGCAUUUCUCGACUCCUCACGUGUGGGCACUUUUUUAAACCGUGCCUUGUGUCGGAAAACCAGCGUUGGCGUUCGCUCGCGCUCCAACCUGCGAGCAGACCAACAAAGGUAACGGAUGCGAGCAGACUCCACAACAGCCAUCUUUUAAAAAAAGAGAAUGCAAAGACUUUUGUGUACUAGAUUGUAUUUGUCAACCACUUUUAUGGUAGUUGUUUUUAUUCUGCAUGUUCGAAGAGCGUAUUUUUUUUGGCUCGCCUUCAUCGACAGAUUUUUUACUUUGAAAAGACAAUAUCAUGCGUCUGACUUUGAGAAUAUCCUUCAUGACUAAGUUUUGUGUCCGAGUUGUUUAAUGAAAAGUAGAUUUUCAACAGCAAACAUCUAACAUCUCACACCGUCGUUUAUCUCCUUUAAAACUGGAUUUUUGUGUAGAAAUACAGCUGAUAACUACUUUUAUUAUAUUCUUGUAUGAUGACAAUUAGUCAGGAUAUAUAUAUUUAAUAUAUAUGCAUUAUGUGUUUUGUCUAUGAAGUGCAAAGAAAAGGUAUAAUAUAUUCAGAAACAUAUUUCCUUUCUUUAUUUACACCUUGUUUUACGAUAAUAAAAAGUCAGAGUAACAAAAGUAGAGAAACAACUUUUUCUUUCUUUUUUUUUUGCCAAAGUGUCCAAUAGCUUUUAAAACAUUCAAGGUUAUGAUGUUUUUUUCAUUGUGUGUCUUAUUCUGUUAGCUAUUUUGUACUGCAUUUGGUGUUCGGUGGGAAAACGGAGGCCUUCUUGUUUAGCUAAAUCAUGAUUUAGUCGCCAUCCAAACUUCAUGUCUCUGCCUCCCAAUCGCAUCGCCGGCUUUUCUUUUUAUUGCUUGCAUUCGACCCAAAUGAUGGACUCCUGCUCCCUGGGUCAGCGGGUCAGACCUUUAUAUGCCUAGUUUAACGUAGGUGUUGCCAUUAAACACUUCCUAGUGUGUGCCUUAUUGCCAAGAUGUGCCCUUUGCUACGCAGACUGUUUUCUAUCUGAAGGUUUGUUUGAAAAAAAAAAAAAGAAGAAAAAAAGCUUGUUCUGUAUUGUUGUAUUUAUAGCGAUGAAGUAGAUAAAUAAAGCAUUUUCAAAAAGGA